AUGUCUUCAUCCUCUGGCUUCCAGCCCAUGCCAGGAUGGUACUGGCCAGAUGACGUACCCAAGCAUGAGCCUGCGCAGUCUGGUACCGCCUCUGCAGAUACAUCAUCGCGGCAACAGCACACUGGUGAGUCUGCAAGCGGCCCAAAUUCGUCAUCGCAACCGCGUAGUUCCAGACGCACCCACUGGCCCCCCAGACAGUGCAGAAUAUGCCUCGAGACGGUCCAGCCGACCUUCAACGUCCCUUCGCCAAGCCUACCCGGCUUCUUACAGUCUUCCAAUGUGGUUUACGAAGAUGAGACUGGUCGCCUGAUCCGCCCGUGCAUGUGCAAGGGCUCAUCCAAGUAUGUUCAUGACGCGUGCUUGCAAGCCUGGAGGCAUGCAGACCCCAGCUACGGUCGCAGAAACUAUUGGCAAUGUCCAACCUGUGGCUUCAGGUACCGCCUGGCCCGUUUGGGUGUCGGCCGGAUUAUUGGCAGUGUUUCUGCUCAGGUUGGUUUGACCGUCCUCAUACUGUUUUCCAUCAUCUUCGUCUUAGGAUUUGUUGCCGACCCUAUCAUCAACUUAUAUCUUGACCCCUGGAGUGUGCUGCUUCCCUGGUCUGGGCAUUCAGCCUCUGAUUACUCUUACUACUACGAAGACGAAUCAUCUACUUGGUAUGAGCACUUUGCAAAAGGAUUUGCAAGCAUGGGCGUUCUUGGCUUCUUGAAAGUCCUGCUUGCUAGUCCACUCAGUUAUUUUAGGAUUGGAGGAGGCGCCCGAGGUCGUACGACGGGUCGCGAUCGCUAUGAACAAAUCAGCUGGAUCAUCAUUCUAGUUGGUGUUGCUACCUUCUUAACGGCAAUUUACAAGGGAGUUCGAUCUUGGAGUCGCCGAACGCUCGAAAGAGCUGGCGAACGCGUCAUGGAUGUCCAAGGCGAUGAGGAAGAUGAGGACGAAUAG